AUGGCGUCGCGACGACGGGACGCGCCGCGCGGGGACGCGCGCGCGAGCGCGCGACGCGAGCGGGGACGAGACAUUCGAGUGACGACGACGACGUUCUACCGCGCCGAGAGCGCGCAGGGACGAGAUUUAGGCGUGCUCGCGGCGCUGACGACGAGGCGGCGGCUGGAGGUGCUCGACGCGACGUGCGCGUCGGGCGCGCGCGCGGCGAGGUACGCCGAGGCGGGCGUGCUGAAGUCGAUGCACGCGAACGACGUGAACGCGGACGUGGAAGACGUCGUGCGAGAAAAUUUAGCCGACCUGCUGUCGCCCGCGAGCGAGGUGGACGUGAAGCUGACGUUCGACGACGCGCAACGCGUCUUCGCGCGCGCGUGGCUGGAGAAGACGUUUUACGACGUCGUCGACGUCGACGGCUUCGGCGCGGCGAACUUCGGCGACGCGUUGAAGUGUGUCAAGUACGGUGGGUUGUUUUACGCCACGUCAACGGACGCGCGAGCGCUGUGUGGGCAGAAUCCUGAGACGUUGAGUCGGGCGUUCGGAAACGCCGUCGUCGCGCCGUCGAGACCGGGCGUGAACGAAAUCGCGCUCCGCGUCUUCAUAGGCGACGUCGUGCGACGGGGGGCGGCGAUCGGAAUAUCCGCGACGCCGCUGUUUUCGUUGUUUCAUCCGCACGGUCCGGUGUUUCGCGUGAUGUUUCGCGUGGAAAAGGCGCGAGGCGGCGCGUACGACGCCUUCGCGUCGAAUCGCGACGCCGCGAUGGGCUUCGUCGGCUUUUGCGAUCGAUGCGGCGACACGUCCGUCGUGCGCGCGCCGUUGAUCGACGUGUACGGGCACACGAAAACGAUAGCGCCCGGCGACGACGACGCGACGACGCAGUGCGCGAGAUGUCGCGGCGAGGGAUCCGCCGAAGACACGCGAAGCGCCGCGCUCGCGAUUUCGGGACCGCUUUGGUUACGAUCGCUGCACGAUCGCGACACCGUGCUGGCGAUGAUCGAGGCGGCGGACGCGCAGGGUUGGUUCGCCGCCGACGACGAAUCCGACACAGGACCGGUGAAAGGACAGCUAUCACUGCGCGAUUUGCUCGACGCGUUUGUGGGCGAAGCCGACGCCGGGCUCGAGCGCACGCCUCACCAUCUUCGCACGGAUGAGCUCGGACGAAGAGGCCGAGCGAAACGCGUGCCACCGCGAGACGUGUUAAUCACCGCGCUUCGCGCCGAAGGAUUCGCGGCGACGCGAAGCCACAUCGACCCUCGCGGCUUGAAGACGAACGCGACGAUGGCGGACGUCGUCGC